UGUUCUCUAUUUCAAUUUCUUUUCAGUCUGGCUAGAAAUGGUAAAGCGGGCAGGCUAGGCUUAAUAAUUACACUCCUUACAAGUACCAUUACAGCAAAGAUGUUGUGUAUAGGUGUCUAGAAAUAGCCAUUCUAUGCUCGGGAUUGUAAUCUCGAAAGGCAAUGACAGCAAAAUAGACCGUCGCCAAGAACAAGAACUCUAUGAGCACAACUACAACAGGAGAAUUAGCCACAGUCCGGUUUCCCAGCCGGUGGUUCUCAUAUGGGUCCUCCUCGCCAUCGGCGCACCACGCCGAGCCCUUGUCCUCGCCCCCGCUAGGUCCUCGUCCCGCUCGUCGGUGAAGAGCAACAUCCCCGCCUCGCUGCCGAACAGGUCGCGGAACGUCUACUGGUCGUACGACAGGAGCUCCGACCCGCGUCCCAGCUUCCAGGCGGCGGCAAUGCGCGCGGUCUCGGGCUCGGCACGCCAUGGAGCUGGUGGAGGACUGCGGCGAAGUAGAUGCGGACAGUGGAGGGGUGGCUUGAAGGCUGUGGCCGCUGUAGGGGGGGCGGGGUGCUGGGGUGCUGGGGACGAGGAAGAGACUCCCAUCGACAGUAGGGUGCAAAAAGUAUGA